AACGACUGUUAUAUCACUUAAUGCAUUAAAAUCACCGCACUAUUUCGCUAUUUCGCGGAGAUGCAGACGGAAUAAGGCCUUAAACAGGGUGUUAACAUGAGAGUAGUGUUAGUGUUGAUCGUGGUGAUAGUGACAGUCACGUCUGUCAGAUCACUACAUCCAUACCCGAAAAACGUAUAUAAAGGCGUCAAAGGAGGCUUCCAAGCGACCGGUAAAUAUGACAAUAAACGAUUCGGUCCUACAAAAACAAAGAAAGGAAAGCGACCCAGCAGAAUCGGCAAUAUAGAUGUAAAUUUGAUAAGAACAGUGGGCGCAGACGUUGGUCUUCGUGGUCUUGCAGAAGCAAAUAACCGCGGGGCAAACACAGCAGAAAAAAAUGAUAAGAAUGCAACUAAUGCUCCUUCCAGUUACAGGAAAACUCAGAAAUAUGGAACAAUCGUUAAUAAGUAUAAAACAUCAGCUAGUAACUCAACGAGUUUUAAUACCGAACAACAAAAGCAAUAUAAUAUACAAUCAGCUUAUAGCGCUGGUAACACAUAUAGUGCAAAUAAAGACUUCUUAGCAAAUUUUCUAAAGACUCUAGUAAUUGGGGAUACAGGAACUGAUAAUUCCAACUCCGUCUCAACGAGUUCAUAUGGAAACACAAAAUCAUUAAAAUCAUCAAAUUACCAAACAAAAGAUAUAAAGAAAAGUUAUGGAUUUUCAAAAGAUGCAAAUCUUCAAAAUGGCAACGGAUAUUUAAAACCAACUAAGAAAUCUUCAUCAAAACGCAAUUUUUCAAAUCAGUAUAAAGUUAAUAAAGCAUUUGAUCCAUGGAAACUGGACUUAGGCACACCAGAUUUUGGUAGGCCAGACAAACAAGAUCCUACACAACAAGAGUACGGACUACAAGGUUCACAGUUUAUAUCAACACCAGAUUUCGGGAAACCCGAUGAAUCAAAUUCAAAAGUAAAUAUCGCUAGACCAAACAAACAAGACUAUACUUCCCUAAACGUUGAAAGAUUGUCUUCCGGUUCAUCUACAUCGCGAUUAUCAAAAAAGAAGCUCACUUUCAAAUCCUCGUCACAACAGUAUUCUAAAGUAUCGGACAUAGACUUCGGUAGGCCUGACAAACCAGAUCUAAUCAAAACAACAUAUGGAAAUAAUGCAAAACCUUACGGUCCAACAUAUAAAAAGCAAAUCAAAUCUACUGCAUCGAAACUGGAUUUUAACGGACCUGGAAAACCGGAACCUUACGGUCCAAAUUACGGACAACCAGCAACAAAAGCUCCACUGAAACCAGAUUUUAAUAGACCUGAUAAACCAAAACCUUACGGUUCAAAUUACGGACCACCAGCAACAAAAGCUCCAUCGAAACCGGAGUUUAACAGACCUGAUAAACAAAAACCUUACGGUCCAAAUUACGGACCACCAGCAACAAAAGCUCCAUAUAAACCGGACUUUAACCGACCUGAUAAAUCAAAACCUUACGGUCCAAAUUACGGACCACCAGCAACAAAAGCUCCAUAUAAACCGGACUUUAACCGACCUGAUCAACCAAAACCUUACGAUCCAAAAUAUGGACAACCAGCAACAAAAGCUCCAUCGAAACCAGACUUUAACAGACCUGAUAAAGCAAAACCUUACGGUCCAAAUUACGGACCACCAGCAACAAUAGCUCCAUAAAACCGGACUUUAACCGACCUGAUCAACCAAAACCUUA